AUGCUCCAGGAGGACUGGGAAAAGCAGAGAUGCACGGUGUUCCUCCGCCCGUCCGAGGUGACGGCGACGCUCCAAUUCGACAAAGAGAAGGAUCGGAGCGGCGCGUUCACGGUUCUGGAGUGGAAGUGCCGCCUGCUGAGUCCGGACGUCGAGGUCAAAGACGACGGACACGAGAAGCUAUGGCUCCAGCCGUACACACAUGAUGGCAAAACGAUCAAGACGCGAGGCGUCUCCCCCGGGCGCGUCAAGGGCCUCGCGGACGUCCCGUCCCUCUGCUUGUGGAACACGAUCAGCCCGAACGAUCUCAACCAAAGGGGGGGGGUCUGCAACUGCUACAUGGUCGCCUCGUUCGCCGCGCUCGCGGAGUGGCCCGGCGCGAUCAAGAAGUUGUUUCGAAAGACGAAAGGCGCGGACGAGAUGCCGCGCUCGAACGCCGCGAACGAGUACACGAUAACGCUUUACGAUCUCGAGAGCGCGCCCGUCGCGCGGGAAGUGGACGUCGUCGUGAACGAACGCCUCGCCGUGGACGUCGACAAAGGGAAAAAGCUCGGGUUGCCGAUAUCCGACUGCGCCGAGCUGUGGCCGUGCUACCUCGAGAAAGCGCUCGUGGUGCACUGCGGCGGGUGGAACGGCAUCGGGAGCGGCGGGAAACCCAGCCAUGUAUUGGAGAUUCUCACCGGAUGCCCCAACGCGUAUGACUUGACCCUCAAGGACUUCGUUUGCUGUGGGAACAGCGCCGGGGAAAAGCGCGGCAACAGCGUGAAAAAACGGAAGGGGGUAGGUCGUUACAGGAAACCGUGGCCAAGCGCGAACGGCAAACCCGUGGUGCAGCCGAAAACCCAGGACGGUUGCAUCGACGCGCUAUACGCGUACGAUAAGGCCAACUACCCGAUGUGCUGCUUCUCGGCGCGGGACGGUAACACCGCGGCGACGCGCGCGGACGGCUUCAUCGACAUACACGCGUACACGCUCAUAAGGGUCGAGAAGAACGUCGCGGGGAGCGGCGUGGACAUGUUGCUCCUUCGGAACCCCCACGGAACUAACGAGCUCACGAGAGGAAUGUGGGUCGACGACGGACCGGGGUGGAAGAAGCACCCGGAGAUACGAAAGGCGAUACAGCCGGUGUUUGAGAACGACGGCGCGUUUUGGGUCGAGAAGAGCGAGUUCUUCAAGUACGUCGACUACGUCACCGUGCUCGCGCUGGACAUGACGACGUUCGUGAAGAGCUCGUACGCGCCGCCGCCGCUGUUCGAGGACGAGUGA